CUUCGACCUUUCUUCUUUCUCCACAGCAUCUGGAGAGGGCCCAACGUGAACUGUGUAGACAGUACGGGGUACACCCCCCUGCACCACGCUGCUCUGAAUGGCCACAGGGACGUGGUCGAGGUCCUGCUGAGGAACGACGCACUGACCAAUGUGGCCGACUCCAAAGGCUGCUACCCCCUGCACUUGGCAGCCUGGAAAGGAGACGCCCAGAUCGUGCGGCUGCUCAUCCACCAGGGGCCCUCUCACACCAGAGUCAACGAGCAGAACAAUGACAACGAGACGGCCCUGCAUUGCGCCGCGCAGUACGGCCACACGGAGGUGGUAAAGGUCCUCCUGGAGGAGCUCACGGACCCCACGAUGCGCAAUAACAAGUUCGAGACCCCCCUGGACCUGGCCGCGCUCUACGGGCGGCUGGAGGUGGUGAAGAUGCUCCUCAACGCGCACCCCAACCUCCUGAGCUGCAACACUAAGAAGCAUACGCCCCUGCACCUGGCGGCCAGGAACGGCCACCGGGCCGUGGUCCAGGUGCUGCUGGACGCGGGCAUGGACAGCAACUACCAGACGGAGAAGGGCAGUGCUUUGCAUGAGGCCGCUUUGUUUGGCAAGACCGAUGUGGUGCACAUCCUGCUGGCCGCAGGGAUUGAUGUCAACAUAAAAGAUCACCGAGGACUGACCGCCCUGGACACGGUCCGGGAACUGCCUUCUCAGAAGAGCCAGCACAUAGCAGCGCUCAUUGAAGAUCACAUGACUGGAAAAAGAAGUGCAAGAGAGGCAGAGAAAACUCCCACACCCCAGCCACCUCUCAUCUCCAAUGCGGACUCCAUAUCCCAGAAGUCUCAGGGUGACGUGGAGAAAGCAGUGACUGAGCUGAUCAUCGAUUUUGACACAAGCGCUGAAGAGGAGGGCCCCUACGAGGCGCUGUACAACGCCGUCUCCUGCCACUCGCUGGACAGCAUGGCGAGCGGGCGGUCGUCUGACCGGGACUCCGUGAACAAGGAGGCCGAGGCCGCGGGAGUGAAGGCGGCUGGAGUGAGGCCUAGGGAACGGCCACCGCCUCCAGCAAAGCCCCCGCCAGACGAGGAGGAGGAAGACCCCACGGACAGGAAGCUUUUUCCCCUGCCGGCUUCUGAGGUCUUGGCCAUGCGAGCCCGGGUUCAGGAGAGCACAGCCAGGGAGGAGGAGGAGCAUCCGUAUGAGCUGCUGUUAAAGGCGGAAACAAAGAAGCUGCCAGCAGUGGACGGAAAAACAAAAGACCACAGGCGGAGCAGCAGCGGCCAGAGCCAGGACUCGGCGGAGGGGCAGGACGGGCAGGUCCCUGAGCAGUUCUCCGGGCUCCUCCACGGCUCCUCCCCGGUGUACGAGGUGGGGCAGGACGCUUUCCAGCUGCUCCCUGCCCCCGGCCAGAGCCUUCCAGAAGGGUCUCCCGCGCAGGGCACCUGCCACGAGGCCAGCAUGCAGCUGGAGGAGGCGGGCGUGCGCGCUCCUGGAGGCUCCCCGCCCGGCGGCCUGGACCAGAGUCAGAGAGGGGGCUACCCAGCAGGCCUGCCCACCGCCAACAGCCUACCGCACCCCGAAACUCUGACUCACACAGCAUCUCCACACCCCGGGGGUGCCGCGGAGGGAGACCAGAGCGGGGCCCGAAGCCGAGUCCUUCCCACCAGCAAGCCCAAAGUUGAACUCAAGCUCAGCCGCAGCUUGUCCAAGUCUGACUCCGACCUCCUGACCUGCUCGCCCACGGAGGACGCGGCGAUGGGGAGCCGCAGCGAGUCCCUGUCCAACUGCAGCGUCGGGAAGAAGAGGCUGGAGAAGUCGCCCUCCUUCGCCUCGGAGUGGGAUGAGAUUGAGAAGAUCAUGAGCUCCAUCGGAGAAGGGAUUGACUUUUCUCGGGAGCAGCAGAGGGUCUCAGGUUCGCGGGCGCUGGAGCAGAGCGUCGGGGCGUGGCUGGCGGCGCUGGCUCCACGCUCGGCCUGUGAGCUCGGCAAGCUCUGGCCGCUGUGCCUCCGUGUCCUCAUCUGUAAGCGAGGAGUGAACAGAGCCCAGCGCACAGGAGUGAGCAUGCAGCACCUCCUCGCCGCCCUGCAGCGCCCGGCAGUGGGCGCGGCUCUGACCCUCUCCUCCUCGGACGGCCGGUUCCUUGGAGCAGACCUGCGGGAGAUCGGCAUCAGUGACCCGCAGCACCGCCGCAAGCUGCUCCAUGCCGCGCGGGCCCUGCCCAAGGUGAAGGCCCUGGGCUGCGAGGGGAGCAGCCCCCCGUCGGUGCCCUCCUGGCUGGACUCCCUGGGGCUGCAGGACUACGUCCACUCCUUCCUGUCCAGUGGCUACAGCUCCAUCGACUCCGUGAGGAACCUCUGGGAGCUGGAGCUGGUGAACGUGAGUGCAGCCGCCUGGGCGUGGGCUGCCCGCUGCCCUGGGCUGCUGCCGGCCUGCGCCGACAGGCCCUGCGAGGAGCCGCCCCAGAAGCCCCCGAGGUUCUCCCAGCUGAGGUGCCAAGACCUGCUCUCCCAGACGUCGUCUCCCCUGAGCCAGAAUGACUCGUGCACCGCCCGGUCCGCUGACCUGCUGCUGCCCCCUGGGGACUCGGGCAGAAGGCGGCCGGACAGUCUCCCUGACCCUGCGGCACCCUCUCGGGCGGAGCGCUUCAGAAUCCAGGAAGAGCACCGGGAAGCCAGGCUCACCCUCCGGCCGCCCAGCCUGGCCGCCCCCUACGCCCCUGUGCAGAGUUGGCAGCACCGGCCGGAAAAGCUCAUCUUCGAGUCGUGCGGUUAUGAAGCCAAUUACCUGGGCUCCAUGUUGAUCAAAGACCUUCGAGGGACAGAAUCCACCCAGGACGCCUGUGCCAAGAUGCGGAAAUCCACCGAGCACAUGAGGAAGGUCCCCACCAUCACCCUGUCCAUCACCUACAAAGGCGUCAAGUUCAUCGACGCCUCCAACAAGAACGUCAUCGCAGAGCACGAGAUCCGGAACAUUUCCUGCGCGGCCCAGGACCCUGAGGACCUCUGCACCUUCGCCUACAUCACCAAGGACCUGCAGACGGGCCACCACUACUGCCACGUCUUCAGCACGGUGGACGUGACCCUGACCUACGAGAUCAUCCUGACGCUGGGGCAGGCGUUCGAGGUGGCCUACCAGCUGGCCCUGCAGGCCCAGAGGGCCCGGCCCGUGGGGGCCUCUGCCGCCGAGCCCCCUGUCUGUCUGCUUUGCUUUGCACCCCAGGUGCCGCUGCCCCCCGACACUCGCUGUUGUUACUGUCACACCUGCACCACCCAUCGUCCUUCUUACCUGCCGCUGCCGUCUGUUAGUCCUGGAGUCAAGCUGGAACCGCCCGACGUGGAGCCAGAUGCCCAGUCCCAUGCCAGUGUCUCCUGGGUCGUGGACCCCAAACCAGACUCUAAGCGGAGCCUCAGCACCAAGUACGAGACCACUAUCUUCUAGCACCCACCCUCUCCUCCACUAGUCUCUGUGCCUUGCCGCCUGGCCUGUCUGCUCUCGACUCCUUCCAGCCACUGGCGCCAGGCCCCCAGGGACCGCACUGCCCAGCAGCAGCUGCAGACACUGUGCUCCCAGCUUGUGCCACCACCGGACACUGUGAGCCCCCUGGGCACGGACGGCUCGGGGGAUGACUUGCCUUGAGGGGUGCCAAGCGGGCUCAGGGCCCUGUGGCAGGCACUGUGCACCUGCGGGCGGGGGCGCUG